AUGGGUUUCCGCGACAAGUUCAGGAAGAAGGAGGAGGAGGAGGGAAACAGCACCCUCGAUUUCACGUUUGUGCGAUCCGAUACCCAUAGUGCCGAGGUGAUCCAGCCUCCAGGAGAACCCGUUGGUGCCAGUAACGACGGGUUCCUCAGUCCAGGCCCGCAAACACCCCAAAAGUCCCGCCGAAGCCUCGACGUCUUCCGAAGUAACCGCAGCCGAAGCGCAUCUGCAUCGAGCAACCAAGGCGGUGGCCACAAGCGCCUAUCGCAACGGCUACACCUGAGCCGCAGUCCAGCCAGUAGCGAGAUCGUACCGCAAGAUCUGCCGGAGAUCGUGGUUCCGGAGGGGGGCGUCGAGGACAAGGACGGGACCGAGUCGCAAUGGGAGAAGCGAGCCACUCUGCUUGCUCGCGAGAACGAGAAGCAUCGCAGCCGGCCAGGGACCCCCGAUCACGGAAGUUCUCCCCCGACUCUACCUCAGUUGCGCUUAGGCGAUGCGUCCGCGGACGAGGCGCCAGAUCCCAGGGUCAAGGUGGUGUCAUCGAAGGCCAUCGACGAGGAUAUCCAGGAGGCUAUCAGGUUGCAUGAGGCAGGAAAACUGGAAGAGUCGACGGCGUUGUUUGGCCGGUUAGCGGAUCCUAAGGGGGCCAACAACCCCCUUAGCCAGGUUCUCUAUGGUCUCGCCCUCAGACACGGAUGGGGUUGCCAACCGAACACUGCUGCCGCCGUCAACUAUCUCUCCGCGGCAGCAUCCAACGCCGCCGAGAUUGAGCAGAUGGCCCUCCAAGCAGGACUCAAGAAAGGAGGAGCAGCCAAGGGCGAGCUGGUUCUGGCCAUAUUCGAAUUGGCCAAUUGCUUCCGACACGGAUGGGGUAUUGCCAAGGACCCCAUUGCUGCGAAGCAGGUAGGUACUACGAAACGGCAGCGAAUCUCGGCGAUACUGGCUCAUCUUUUGUUGUUUACAGACGCGAUGAACGAAGUCGCAUGGUGCUAUCUUGAGGGGUUCGGCACUAAGAAGGACAAGGUCAGUAAAUAUUGUCUCACAUUUUCUCAGAUGUCAACUUUUUUUUUUGGUCGCUUGUACACACAUGAAGGCCGGCAUCGAGAUUGCCUGGGCGUGACCAUGCCAGCUGGACAAGCAGCAGCGGCAGACUUCCCACGUUCACACUUUCCGGUCGGUCUGUCAACAAGUGAUGCCGGUUGGAAGUGUGGCUUUCCUGUCGAAUCAGGAGCAGUUGGGCAUCAACGGGGCUUUUUUGCCUGA